GGCCCGGGCAGAUUCGGGGUUCAGACGCCUCGCGGCCUGCGGAGGCCUCAGCGCCCGCGGCUCAGAACCGCCUCGGUGCGGCGCUGACCAACUCAGGGCCCGGCCCCGGGCCUUCCCCCCGGGACCCUCGGGGCCACGCGGACGCCGGCUCCGCCGACUGCGCGGAUGGACCCAGCCUGGCGCGAUCUGAAGAUAACUGGAAAUUUAUCUGGCUCCAAAUUCUUAUGCAAGCUGGGAAUGACUAACCAGCAGGUGUGAGAGGUUGAGAAGGUUCACAUCCCUGCCACGCUGGGAGAGAUCACUCCGUUUCUGUAGGUGGAGCCGGGAGCACCAUGAGUACAAGAAAGCGUCGUGGCGGAACUGUAAGUUCUAGACAAACCCAGAAGCGAGCUCGGGAAGCAUCCUCCACACCCGAGAUGGCCGUGGAAGCAGAACCCAUAGAACUUGUGGAAAGCGCUGGAGACGAGAUAGUGGACCUCACCUGUGAAUCCUUAGAGCCUGUGGUCGUCGACCUGACUCACAAUGACUCGGUGGUGAUCGUUGACGAAAGGAGACGGCCCAGGAGGAAUGCGAGGAGGCUCCGCCAGGACCACGCCGACAGCUGUGUGGUGAGCAGUGACGAUGAUGAGUCGCCCAGAGACGGAGAUGUCUAUGUGACCCCACACACACCCAGAGGCACCAGGGAGGAGGGCACAGCCGGACUCAGGCCUUCUGGUACCGUCAGCUGUCCGAUCUGCAUGGACGGGUACUCAGAGAUUGUGCAGAACGGACGUCUCAUUGUUUCUACAGAAUGUGGCCACGUCUUCUGCAGCCAGUGCCUCCGUGAUUCCCUUAAAAAUGCUAGUACCUGCCCAACUUGUAGGAAAAAGAUCAACCACAAACGGUACCACCCAAUUUAUAUAUGAAGCGUACAGUGCUGCUCAGGAGAGACGGAGGGACAGACAGCACGGCUGGAUUCUCCCCACAGCCUGCUGCAGGAUCUGUGGGUUGUCUGCCUCCGAUUUCCCGAGCUCAGAAAGACUCUUUCAGAAUCAAUGCCUGAUGAUGUCCACUGCUCUUUUGUUUCCAACCCCCUCAGAUCUUUUUGCUGUCUCCAGUUUGAUGCUGUGAGGCUGAACCGAGGGGCCUUCCCAGACCAGGGUCUCCAUCUCGGCUGCUCUGGGGUGGCCUGGUUCCAGGCUGGGAGAGAAGGAGUCAGGCCCACUGGCCACCCUGCCAGCCUGUGGGCCCAGGUUCCCUGCUCCGGGGCCUCACAGGGCUUAUGGGCUGGCCCACACAAUGAACUUGAGAAUCAUGGUUCUAGCCUCAUUCUGGAACCUGCAUGUUUGCCAAGAAGUGGCCCCCGUCACCCAGCUUCCUGUUGGCAUUGUCACCGAGGGACAGUCCCUGGGCAGUGAUCGAGCAGGUCUGCCUCGGCUUUCUUGGGCCUGCCACCUCUCAUCACAGCCACCCACCAGUCAGCCAGUCUGCUCACUACACAGCGACCAAACCAAACACAGCCCACCUGGCUGAGGGUCCCAGCUGCAAGAGUGGCCCAGGCCCAGGCAGCCUGGAGGCCCUGGCAAGACCCACUACCGGACUCUUUCCUUCCUGGGGAGUCGGGGGCAGCUGUGGUUCCACCUGCACCUUAGCUUGGAUGGGCGGUGAUCUCUGCAAAUCCAGAGAACCUCUGCAGGGCAAUCCCCCAUUUCCUAUGACUAAAAAUGUGCAAUAAAGCUGUUCUUUACUUCUCAGCAGCCCAGGAGAUGUAGCACUGUUAGUCCCCUCAGAGGCCCGACAAUGCCUUGGAGCAGUGCCAUCCCUGCCCCAUCUCUGUUCACCAACUGUUCUCAGGAACCUUACCCAUGCCCCACAGGUCUCCACCUGGCACAGGAUAUGCAGGGUCAGCAGGUGGGCCCACAGUCCGGGUCCUCUCUUUUCUGAUAAAAUCCAUCCUGUGCUCACCACAUGUCCUCUGGCCUCAGUUCCCGUGGUGUAGCAUCUGUUCGCCCGAGCACAGGCUCUGGGAGGUGGUAGCAGUAACCAUGGCCUUAUCAGCCGCUCGCCUCCACACCGUUGCCCAAGUUACUUCUGCCCCUUGUUUUAAAGAACUUCGCCCCGCGUGACCUCAGCGGAGCCACCAACUUGGCUUCUCACCCACACACCCGCCACUUGACAGUUUGUGUCAGGAGCGGCUCUGCUGGCUGCCUGGGCUCUUGACUGCUCCGUGGGUUUGGCUGGUGGAGCACAGCGGCAUCGCCUCCCCGGGGGCCCAGAGAAAACCCUCUGAGCUCUCCAGGGUGACUGAGCUGCCCUGGGGGGCAGAGUGCAGAGGCCUUGUGGUGCCAGCCUGCCUCCCCCUUGUGCCCUCCUCCCCAGAGGACCUCAAGCCAAACCAGAAGCCUUCCUGGUGGGGGAAGGGCCGCUCCGGCUUUGCUAGCAAUAACUGACCUUCAGCCGACCCUUCUGAAGGAGCAGGACUCGGCACAGAAUUCACUUUACCUGGGGUGAAGGAGUGUCCCUCUCAAGUGAAUAGGUGUAUUCUUCGUUCUUCAGCUGUUCGGCUCACUUCCAGUGUGAAUAAAAGUAAUAAUUUUCUACUUGGCGUUAAGGAGGGUAGGAGCAUCUGGACAGUGUCUGCCCUCAGACUGGACGUGGUUGCAGUUAAGUUCCUUCCAUACUUCAUGUAAAUGCUUUUUUCUCAUCUUUCAACGAUACCCAGAUUUGAGGAACCCAUUCGACCAAUUGACUUAAUACCUGUGCUGACACCCAUUUCAGAAUGUUUUCAGUUUAUGCUUCUGUCCUAAAUUAGGGGAAAAUGUGCUUAGUUUCCUGUUUGAAUACUGCAAAAUAGGAAAAGGUUAACGCGAAAACGAGCCCCUUCCCCUUCCUCAGUGUACAUAGGUCACGUUCCUUUUUCACCAUCUGAACUGUAACCGCGUAGGGCAGUUGGCUUUGGACUCCUGCUCAUCUUAAAGAUGGAAAUAAA